AUGUUUCAAGCCCCUGAUACUGAGUCCAUAGGAAUAGUCACACAGUAUGACCACAAAAACUGGAAGCAGAGAGGAAAGAAUCAAGAGGACAUGGAGUUGAACUUAAAUGCGACACCCAAAGAAGCUGAUGCCAUCCCAAAUUCACACAACACCGGCACACCUCUUCCGCCCGUAGCUCCACUACCUGUUCCGAAAGCAUUAUCGCAAGAAGAGAUUACAUCAAAAAGGUAUUUUGUACCACAAAAGAGGAUCGUAUCCCCGGGUAGUAUGAAGAGAUGGCAACAUUCACAGACGUUUGAUGAAAUUUUGGGCUUUGUGAUGGCAUGUAAUGAUGCUGUCGUCGGGCGGAAGUUAUCGGAAAAGAUUGAAGAAAGUCCUGCUGUGGAGGCAAUCAUGUCAAUACUGAACACGAUUAUGAAGAUCGUGGAAGAGGUACCACCAGAAGAAGGAUCUUCUUCUCGAUUUGGAAAUCCCGCAUUCAGAACGUUCUAUGGACGAGUGAAGGAGCAAAGCAGAGAGUUGCACAAUCGCAUUCCUGGCCUGCAAUCAAUCAAAGGCCAGGAAGGAGCAUCAGAAGCGAACGCUGAAGGGCAAACCACCGAUGCGAUAGGCGAGAUUCAGGUAUACUUGGACGAAUCUUUUGGAAACGAAAAACGUAUCGAUUACGGUAGCGGUAUGGAACUCAAUUUUGCUUGUUGGCUAUUGUGUCUAGUCAAACUGGGAAUCUUGGAUAUAGAACGUGAAGCGCCAGCUAUCGUUUUGCGAAUCUUUUGGAGAUAUAUCGAGGUAAUGCGUGCUAUUCAAUCCACCUAUUGGCUUGAGCCAGCCGGAAGUCAUGGAGUUUGGGGAUUGGACGAUUAUCAUUUCUUGCCAUUCCUAUGGGGCAGCGCUCAGCUAAAAGGACACAAAAUCUUUCGACCCAAAUCGAUUCACGAUGAUGAGAUCUUGUCGGAUUUCGGUAAAGACUACAUGUACUUUGCAUGCAUUCACUUUAUCAAUAGUAUCAAGACCGCAUCCUUGCGUUGGCAUUCUCCCAUGUUGGACGAUAUCAGCGGCGUAAAGACAUGGGCAAAAGUGAAUGAAGGAAUGGUAAAAAUGUACAAAGCAGAGGUUUUGUUGAAAUUGCCAAUCGCUCAACAUAUCUUCUUUGGUAGUUUGUUGACAUUCCCGCAAACAGCACAUGAAGACGAGAAAGAAGAAGAAGAUCAAGCGCUACAAGAAGCCGUUCAAAAAGGAGGUAUUGUUCAUACAGAUGCAAGUGGUAAUUCGCACGUUCAUGCUCCCAUUGCUUCCGGUGGUGCUGAAGAAGGUGGUCCAGCUGCUGCCAUUUCUGGAUGGGGUGAUUGUUGCGGUAUCCCGAUCCCAAGUGCUUUUGCUGCUGCACAACAAGAACGUGAAAAGAUGAAGGGAGCGGGCAAUCUUCGUUUCGAAGGUAGCAAUAGCAUCAGAAGGAUUCCAUUUGAUUGA